CACAUGGCUUUUCUUGUUUUUCUCCAUGACAGACCGGGGUGAGAGUGAAAACGAGAGCUUACCGUUCCUUAAGGGAUAAAGGGCUUGGGUAACCAUCCCCAUUAUCCCUGUCCAAUUCCCCAUCAAACUGCCUGGCUCUCUUGCACGGUCCAUCAAAAAUCCAAUCUUCCCUCCUGUUCCUCCAGAUGGCAUCAGAGGACUAUGCAGCGUCAACAUCCCCUUAGUUCUACUGGCAGACCUUCGGGAGAAUUUAAUGAAAAACAUGGACAAACUACCCAAGAUGGGCUACUUGACAAACGGCGAUGCUGUCUCAGAUUGCCUUGGUUAAAGAGUUCACAGUUGAGGUGACUCCUGACCCCAGCACAGCCCACCCAUCGCUGCUGUUCAGAAGGGGGUCCCAUGGUUGUGAGAUUUGGGGGGACCGGAGCAAGAUGGCUAGGAAGUUCCCCCUGUCGGCCCAGCGCUUCACCCAGGUGCCGUGUGUCCUCGCCACCCAGGGGUUCAGCAGCCACAGAGCCUACUGGGAGGUGGAGGACUGGGUUGGAAAUGGAUCUGUGGCAACUCAUUUUUUAAAUUAUUUCACCUUUAUUUAACCAGGUAGGCUAGUUGAGAACACGUUCUCA